UUUUAAAGCCUUAUGUUGUUAUUAUAUUAUUAUUGCAUUCCGCAUAGCAAAAAAUAGAUUGCUUUAUUCUGAUUAAUAAUCAAACAAUCAGCUUGUGUUUUUUUGUGGGCAAGAUAUUAUUUUUUUUAAUUUCUUUUUUCCUGAGAAAUAUAUAGGGAAUAUAUGAGGCUACGGAUCCUCCUGAGCGUCAACUGUAUUUGGUUUCAAAAGGGUAUUUUUCCUUUUUGUGUGUGGCUGUGUCUUCAGCUUGGUCUAGCAGGGAUAGGAAGACCCUCGUGUGGUUCUAUUGGUACCCAUUUCUCAUUCUAUCUCUAGCAUAAUUGUACUCUACUAAGUUUCAGGAGGAGUUUCUCUUGUGGGUAGUUGUUGGUGUUGAUGAUCCUGUUUUGGGGAUGUAUGUGGUCGGGAAUCGUUUAUUUUUUAAACUGAAUGUGAAUUCUUAGUGGGGUUUUGGAAAUUUAGCUUGGUUUUUGAGAAAUUGAUACCAUAUUUUUUCUUGGGUUUGUUCAUGGUGGAGUACUUGCUUAGGUAACCACGCUGAAAUUCCAUAAGUUGCCUACUUCUGUGCCCGGCAGUAGAAAUUAAGUCAUUGCAGAUGGGAGGCCAAGUGCUUGACGAGAGGCUUUUGUUUUAUACUUUUUUGUGGUUCUGAGUUGAGUUUUUGAUGGUUCCUUGGUGAUUUUGGAGCUCGGAGUGUGUACAUAGAGAAGUCCAUAAGGUACUCCAUUUAUUGGAUGAUUAAGUUAUGGCCUUCAUGCAGCUCUAGAUUUUUGAUGUAACUGACUGGUUAGCUGAUUCACUUAGUUUGUUAGUUAUGCUUUGUUAUUACAAAAUCUGUUACUCUUGUUAUAGGCUGUCAUGUUAGUUACAGUUGUUAUAACUCUUAACUGUAAUCUUGUAAUACUCAGUCAUAUAAAUAAGAGCUUGCUGAAGUUCUGAGAGGGCUUUUCUUUGUUGUUCUCUCUAAAUAGUAUUCAGGCUUGAACCUUCUUAUAGAUGGAUAGCAAUGAAGGGAUCCUCUGAGUCUACUCGUAUGAAAUCUAGCAGUUCUAGGGAAUUGAACGCUUCCAGGGUUUCUAACCUCGAUUUGAGGCUUCCACAUGGUGGUGGAACUGGUUUAUCCGGUGAUGUAUUGAAUGACUCUAGCCAUAGAGAGGGAGACGAUAACAGGGUUUCGUUUGUUCACAAUGAUUACAUCCAAAACCAGGUUGGUUUAUCUGGAGUUUGUGAGGAUGAGGUAGCAGUGGAUCCUUUUGUUCGUGCCAUUGAAUGGGGUGAUAUCAGCUUGAGGCAAUGGUUGGAUAAACCUGACCGGUCAGUUGAUGUCUUUGAAUGCUUACACAUAUUUAAACAAAUAGUGGAGAUUGUGAAUGUAGCCCACUCUCAAGGAAUUGUUGUCAAUAAUGUGCGCCCUUCUUGCUUUGUCAUGUCUUCUUUCAACCUUGUCUCCUUCAUUGAGUCUGCAUCUUGUUCUGAUUCUGGGUCUGAUAAUCUCGAGGACGGCUUGAACAGUCCCACGACGGAUCCAAAAACUUCAUCCACAUCCUUGCCUGAUGACUUGUGUACACAGAAAAGAAACCCGGGUAGUGAAGAUCUUCAGCCAUUGAGGGCUUCAGCGAAUGCUUUCUCAGAAACAAGUUGCAUGCAGUCAAGCUCAACCUAUGCACCACGUGAAUCAUUGGUAGUGGAAACUGAAGAAAAUAGAAACAAAGAUAGGAGGAGUGCAGAAGUAGAAGAGAAAAAACAACCAUUUCCAAUGAAACAUGUAUUGCUUAUGGAGACUAAUUGGUACACUAGUCCCGAAGAGGCUACUGGUGGUUCAAUUUCAUGUGCUUCGGACAUAUACAGACUUGGGGUUCUUCUUUUUGAGUUAUUCUGUCCGUCCAGUUCGAGAGAAGAAAAAAGUAGAACAAUGUCUAGUCUGAGGCAUCGAGUUCUUCCUGCUCAACUGCUACUGAAAUGGCCGAAAGAAGCUUCAUUUUGUUUAUGGCUACUUCAUCCUGAACCAACUAGUAGGCCAAAAAUGGGUGAUUUCUUAAAUGAGCCACGAGAUGACUUAGAAGAACGUGAAGCAGCCAUAGAACUCAGGGAGCAAGUAGAGGAGCAAGAGCUGUUACUGGAGUUUCUUCUACUAAUUCAACAAAGAAAGCAAGAGGCUGCGGAUAAGUUGCAAGAUACUCUCUCUUUCCUGUGUUCUGAUAUUGAAGAAGUUAUGAAGCAACAAUCAAUUUUGAAGAAAAAAGGCGGUUCAUGUCCUGAUCUGGCAAAGGAAGAUAACUCCACAUCAAAUCUCCCUUCAAUGAAUAUUGUUAUUGAUGACGAUUCUACUAGCUUGGGAUCCAGAAAAAGAUUCAGACCAGGAUUGCGGAAUCUUCACUUGGAGGAAUGUGAUGAUAAUAUAGAUGGUGAGCAGAAGUCGGACAGUGAAAAUAAAGAGAGCAUUCUUUUCAGAAAUUCUCGAUUGAUGAAGAACUUCAAAAAGCUAGAGUCUGCAUAUUUUUCAACUAGAUGCAGGCCUACCAAGCAAGUAGGGAAACAUGUGAUUAGGCAAUCACCAAUAAGCAGUGAUGGCAAGGGUUCUGUUGUUGCAAGUGAAAGAAGUUUUGUCAAUAAUUUGACAUCAAAAGAUAGAAGUUAUGAGAGUAGACAAAGUGGUUGGAUAAAUCCUUUCUUGGAAGGUUUGUGCAAGUAUCUAUCUUUCAGUAAAUUGAAAGUUAAAGCAGAUUUAAAGCAAGGGGAUCUUCUAAAUUCUUCAAACCUAGUGUGCUCUCUCAGUUUUGAUCGUGAUGGGGAAUUGUUUGCCACAGCUGGUGUUAAUAAGAAAAUUAAAGUAUUCGAAUGCAACACAAUUAUAAACGAGGAUCGUGAUAUUCACUAUCCAGUGGUUGAAAUGGCUACUAGGUCAAAGCUUAGUAGUAUAUGUUGGAAUAGCUAUAUAAAAAGUCAGAUUGCUUCCAGUAACUUUGAAGGUGUGGUUCAGAUAUGGGACGUGACAAGAAGUCAAGUGCAAAUGGAGAUGAGAGAGCACGAGAGGCGUGUGUGGUCAAUUGACUUUUCCUCAGCAGAUCCAACAUUGUUGGCCAGCGGGAGUGAUGAUGGUUCUGUUAAGCUAUGGAGUAUCAAUCAGGGGGUGAGCAUUGGUACAAUCAGAACAAAGGCCAAUGUCUGCUGCGUUCAGUUUCCCUUGGACUCUGGUCGUUCCAUAGCAUUUGGUUCAGCAGAUCAUAAAAUUUAUUACUAUGAUCUGCGCAAUGCAAAGGUUCCUCUCUGCACAUUAGUAGGACACAAUAAAACUGUGAGUUAUGUCAAGUUCGUAGAUGCAACAAAUCUUGUGUCGGCGUCCACUGAUAACUCUUUGAAGCUUUGGGAUUUGUCAACGUGUACAUCUCGAGUUACUGACACUCCAGUUCAUUCCUUCACAGGUCACAUGAAUGUAAAGAACUUUGUGGGAUUGUCAGUUUUUGAUGGUUACAUUGCUACAGGAUCAGAGACAAAUGAGGUUUUCAUCUACCACAAAGCUUUACCCAUGCCAGCAUUACAAUUCAAGUUCAACAACUUCGACCCACAUUCUGGCAAUGAAAUGGAUGAAGCCAACCAGUUUAUUUCUUCUGUUUGUUGGCGUGGCCAGUCCAACACCUUAGUUGCUGCAAAUUCUGCAGGGAAUAUUAAAAUUUUGGAGAUGGUUUGAUUUUGAACUUUGGCAAUUGGUGAUUGAUUCAUGAUCACAGCGUAGCGUGGAUAAGGAAUUGUUUGUUGAACAGGAAAGUGAUGUAAAGCAAUCUUAUACCAGACAAGCUUAUGUAGCUUUUAGGCGAGGCAAGAGAUGAAGCCGAUGAACGCCUAUAGAAGUAAAAGUUUUCAAAGCAACAUAACAAAAUUUUUGGUAUUAGAUUAUAGAGGAUGUUGAUGCUGUGAAGAGCAAGGGCAUUAUUGUUUGAAAAAUCCUGUAGAUAUAAUUCAAAGGAAAAGAGAAAGGUAAAAAGUGUUGGUAUUUUGUUCCGUACAUAAAACUAUAAGGUUCAAAUUUGGUUUAUACAAUAUGAACAUAAUUGGCUAAUGUAGUUCCUCUGAUUUCCUUGAUGCACUUAAGAUAACAGUGAAUACCCUUUUCAUUUCCUUCUCUA